AUGGACUCACUCGAUGACGACCCUACCAAUUUCGAAGGCGUUCUGCCUGUGAUCCCGUCAGACUCCCCUCCUGUGUACAAGGACACAAAAAGCAAUGCAGCGACCGGUGCCUCUGCCGCAGGGGUUCGAGCCUUCACCGCACAGGCAGUGGCAUUCUAUUUCCGUGCGCCGGUGAAAGCUUUCUUUCGAACAAGAGUGGACUACCUCGCAUACGCCAAAAGCAUCAAUCCGGACAUACAGACUGGUCGGUGGUCAUGGAGGUCUACGACACCAGGCCUGCUGGCGACGGCAAUCAAACACUACGGGUGGCGCUUCGUGCCAGAGCAAUUGGCGCUGCCAUUGUUUGCGAAUGUGGCCGUGGGUGCAGCGCUGUACACGAGCUAUCUGCAAAUUCUGGGCUUGUUGCACGAACCUUCGGCGCAUGCCAGGAAAACAGUGUAUCCACCUCCACCGCCACAAAGCACCUUUCUUGCAGGAUUCGCGGCGGGCUCGAUCCAGAGCAUCUUGGCAGCUCCCUUGGAUGCCCUUCAAGUGCGGUUCGAACGACGAGGUGCAAGAUACGAAGACAAGACUAUGUGGGAAUACAGUAAGGGAAAGUUAAGAGAGAUCGGAAUGAGGGGAAUAUUUGCGGGUUUUGGUCUGAGCUUCCUGAAGGAUAGCUUUGGAAGUGGUGUAUUCUUUUGUACCUUUGAAUGGGUCAAGGCGCAGGGGUAUCAUGCAUACGUGCAGUGGUACUAUGGACACAGGCUUGCUGAAGGGUGGGAAGGAGAAGAACGUGGGUUGAAAGAGAGAAACCCAGGACAGGCUACAUUGGCCGAACGACCAGAGGCGAAGAGAGACCCUGGCGCGUUGGUGGUUAGACCACAUUACGCCCUUGAACCGGCCUUUCUCAUGCUCGCUGGCAUUACCGCCUCGAUGGCCCAGCAAGUGGUCCUCUAUCCUCUCUCCACAUUCCAGACUCUUCACUACGAGCGCCUGGAGGAAGUGGACAAAAAGGCCAUCAAACUCAACGCUGACAAUGUGCCGCUGGCAAGACCUGGCCGAAUGUUGAGGGUAUACUACCACGCCUACCAAUCGACCUGGAGACAAGCUCGUCUGCAAGCAGUGGCCGAGGGGGGAAUGAGGCGAUGGCUGUAUAAGGGCUUCUGGUGGUUCACCAUUCGGCAGGUUCCGAGCACCAGUGCGGGAUUGAUCAUCUUCGAGUUGGUAAGGAGAAAGUACGGGCAGGAGGGUCUGGGCGAUGAAGUCCGGAUAUCCAGCAAGGGGAAAUACGAUAUCCUUAUUGUAUGA